AUGAGUAAAUAUAAACCAAUUCCCAAGCUCUCCAUGCAGUCUCCUGUCCAUCAUACCAGUUCAAGGACCCAGUCCUCAAACAGACCCUUCAAGAAAGAAGACUUAAGUCGGAUUUCAAACGACUCCUUAGAAUCAGAUUCAGAAAGCCUCCCUCGAGUGGUUAAGUCUCAGUCCGAAGUUGAGAACAAAAACAUGGAGCCUGACAGCUUAGAGGAGGAAAGCCUCAGUGAGGCAGAAGAGGAAGUGAACAGAAAAGCAGCCCACAGGGCCGGCAAGGAAGACCUGGGAGCCCAUGGUGGUGUGAAUCACAGAACCUGGCCACAGGGGGCAUCUAGACUUCAGCAUCAUGUAGAAGACAAAUAUUCAGAUCUCCGAUAUGAUCCCAAUUGGAAGAAUAAGAGAGAGGAGGCGCAGCCAUUGGCUGUGGAAGUCUUGCCAGGGUCUGUGGAUAGCUCUUCAGAAAGCCUGCCUGGGGCUCCGCUCUACCCUUCCAGGGAGCCAUCAAUGGGACUCUCGGCAGGGAAAGGCAAAGAGAAAAGGAGUCCUCAGAGCGAAGAACCCUCCUUAUUUGGAAGCGAGUUCCUAAGCCCAAACUAUGAGUGUGGCGCCACCGGUCAAAAUGAGUCCUUUUCGGAACUAAGCGACAGUGACCUUCGAGAGAAGUCAAGCAACCUCUCCCAGUACCUGAAGAGCUCAAGUUCACACAACGAAGUUUUCCUGCCAGGAUCACGGGGGCCCCGGAGAAGGAAGUCCAAACAAUAUUUUGUGGAGAAAAACAAGCUGACUUUGGGAUUGCCGACUCCUAAACCAGACUCUUACCUUCAACUUCACAAUAAAAAAAGAGGAGAGACCCGUCAGGAACAGGUCUCCAACCCCAUCAGAGGUACUGGCAAGAUGGCUAUCCAGAAUGACAAAGAAGUCGAAAACACUUCCAUGGACCCUGAGGACAAAUGGCAUCAGAGAGCAAAACAGCUCAAGAAUUACCAAGAACAUUUGUCUCAAUAUGAAGAUACAAAAGCAGGCAAUGUCCCAAGAGGUCAGUCUUUUGAUGCAGCCAAUGGGCAACAACCUUCCAGAAGAACAGGCAAGACCAGGGUUCAGAAAGAGAAGAAAUGCCAGAAAGAGCUUGUUCUCAAUCAAAAAAAUCAGAAUUACCCUCUCCAACAACCACAAAACCAAAAGCAGCCUGUGGAUGCCUCAGCAAAGCACGGACUGGCCACAUAUAUGAACUCUUCUAACACUGACUUACAGGACUCCAGAACACUCACCCACAAUCCCCAAGUCACUUCCGACACAUUUGUUCCUCCCAAGCAGGGUUUUGACAGAGUAUUGUAUAAAAACUCUGUCUUGGGACCGAACACUAACAAAAAAAGAGGACACAGACAUGAAGAAGAGAAAAGAUUUUUGCAUAAGCAGCAGCCCAACCACGUGCUCUCUGAUAUGGAACUACAAGACUUUAAAGAAUUUUCUCACAGACACGUGCCCCAGGGACACAAAGGCCCUCAGUCUGAUUAUGACAAGAAUAUACACAGGUCAACAAAGGUCAAGAAGCCAUCCAAACAGCUGCAGGCAGAGACAAAAUACAAGAACAUAGAGAUGCUAUGGAAAUUCCACUCUUCCUUAGACAUGGAACGCGUUAGUGCCUCUCCAGACUCCUGGCUUGCCCAAAUCAUGGAGCAGCACCAGGAAGCCCUGGUGCAGCUGGCGGAAGUGCAGCCCAGGGAUGGCUCCUUGUCCAACACCACACUCCCGCCUAUCCUGCCCAGGGUAGAAAGUGAAUCCCAACUCGAUUCAGCGAGAAGCCACAGACACCAAAUGAAGAUGACCCAUAGUAAUUCAGAAGGCUACCUGCUUCAGCUUGAAAGAGGGAGAAAACACAGGAAGCGCAGCAGCAUAAAGAGUUCCAAGCUGAAAGGCUAUCAGAAAAGAGACGUGAAGCUUGGAGGCCUGGGACCUGACUCUGAGUCCAUGAGAGACAACAUUCAAAAAUUAAUGCAACAAAAAGAAUAUGCAAGGCAAGUCCAUGAAUACAACAUGAAGACACUGUCCAUUCCGUCCAAACCAGAGACAGCAAAAACUGAAAGCAAACCAGUGAUUUCUCGACAGAAGGCUUUGGAAUAUGCUAAGACCAUCCCCAAACCCAAACCACCAAGUUUGACUGAUCACGCAGCAAAGAAAAAUGAGAACACGAAGAACACGAGGAACCGUGAAAAAGAAGGAAGCUUACCGGAAAUCUCCUUGCUGGAGGUCCUGCAGAGCAGGCAUGAGCGAGAAAAGCAGGCUGUGGCUGCUUUCAAAGUCCUUCACAUCGUCUAGACAGCAUUUGGUGGGGAUCAAAACUGCUAGGAAAGGGACACAGAGAAGACUAACAACGAAGCAAUCCCAUCUACUCUGAGUGGUAACCUGGCACUGUCACCUGCCUCCUGCUCUUGUCUGCUUUGUUUGGAAGUUAGUGUGGGGCCCAGACACUGGGACAUGUUCAACCCUCUGUAUAUACUAUUUAUUUUCAAGUCUGUUAGAACUUGGGCUGAUAGAGAGCUAGACAAUAAAGCCAUUAGUUUAUAUUGGA